UUUUGUAAUCUUUAGUAGCCAUCAGUCAUUUAAAAUACGACGCAGUGAUUUUUUUAAUAACAUGCAAAGCGUAUGAUAAUUUAUAAGCGAAAUCGUUCUGUCGAGUAUUCGUACCAUCAUCAUUUUCGUUUUUUACUCGUGCUGGCCUCUAAACGACUGUCUGUGCGACUUAACAUGUGUUGUAUGUAGGUGAGGUUAAGCAGACCUAACAGUUCUUAUAUGCCAAUAACCAGUUUGUCUUUAUUUCCUUUUCGAGUGAAGAAAUUGCACAAGAUUUUUAGUUUUUAUGCUACUUACUAUGACGUAGAUCGUUAGUAUAUUUAACGAUAGUUGAUGGUAGUGUGUAAUUUGGAAUUUAUUUAAAAAUUGUUUGUGUGAAUACUGUGUUGUUUUAUGUGAUCUAUUUAUUGUGAAUACUGUCUUCGAGUCAAUAUAUAUUUGUUUAGAAACACAACAACUUAUUACAGCAGUGUAUUUCCAAGUAUAUGAAUUGCCAAAAAAGUUGCUACUAGGAUCAAGAAUAUAGAAUGUAAAUGUUUUACAAAAUAUAUCAGAGUACUGUAUCGACGUGUAAGUUGUAUGGACUUCCGGAAAUCAAUCACAAUAUUAACUAUCGAUCAAACUUUUUUGUUGAGAAUAACAACAAUCAACUUGGAGUCUCCGAAAAGAAAAAGGAGGAAUUAUAGUUAUAGACUGAACAAAAAAAUAGUUUGACUCACGAUGCAAUGUAAUUCUGUAGUGGCAGCUGUUUCUGUUAGUCUGUUAGGUUUAUUUGUUUGUUUUACGUAUGCCUGGAAAGAAGGUGAACUUAAUGAUCCAUGUACAGUCGUAGGAGAAUGUAGACACUGGGCGUACUUAUGCAGUAGAAAUAGAACAUGUCAAUGUAUAUCUCCUUAUUAUAGGCCAAACAAAUAUUGGGACAAAUGUGUUGGAAUUAUUGGCCAAAAAUGUCAGUAUGAUGAACACUGUAUAGAUGGCGCUUACUGUAAACAGCAACAAAUCUGCGAAUGUAAAACUCAUCUCGUGCCUAACGAAGACAAUACAGAAUGUUCACAUUCAUCAAGGAGUUCGGCAACCAAAUAUACAAUUUUACCUGUAAUAGUAUUAGUGUACUUAAAAUUAUAUUUAUGUAUAGGCUGAUAAAAUAAAAUUAUAAUAGGAAA